CAUGGGAAAUCAAACGGAGGAUAAAUUUAUUACUUUUGACGUCUCAGUCUGUCCAAACUCACCGCGGAAGAAACUUCGAUGGACGAUAAGAAAGGUUUCAUUCAUGCUUUCGGUUUAUGUCGCAUAAACCUCACAGUACUGGGCAUAUGGCCAACUUUAAGAAGCUCAAAGCGUGACGAAACAGCCGCGCUGUUCCGUUUAGUACUUAGUCUAACCAUUAUCAUUCUCUUCAUCAAUACCGUACAAACCAUUAAACUCUUCAUCAUGUGGGGCGAUUUGGAUGCAAUGACGGACAUCAUCUCCACGGCGAACCUGCCUAUCGGACUGAUGGUGUUCAAAACGUUCGUGUUUCUGUAUCACAAAGAAGCACUAGUGCCUCUACUGUCAUUCGUCCAGACUGAUUGGAGCAAUUUCAAGACCGUUUCCGAAGCGGCGAACAUGUGGUCAAACGCUCUAGCUGCCCGUAAAAUAUCUCUUUUGUGCGUAGUGAUUGGAUGGGUGACGGUAAACUGUCAUCUAGCCAUUAGAAUAGGACAAGAACUGAGGUUCAUGUCCGGGAAAAAUGGCUUGACUCGACUACCUUUUUUUGACUCUUAUUUUCCUUACGAUUAUACUCCAAGCCCAGUAUACGAGAUAACGUUCGUAAUUCAGUACAUUGCGACUAUGUUGGCCACCUUUGGUUACUCCGGGCUUUACAGCUUGUUCGUCGCGCUGAUGUUGCAUCUCUGCGGACAAUUCGCCAAUCUUAGGGACAGAUUGUACACAGUUACUCAGAAGAAAGCAGGUGUCACGUUUCAACAAAGGCUGGGGUACAUCGUCAUGAGACAUCAAUGCUUGUACAAUUUUGCACAGGUGGUUGAAAAAAUGUUCAAUCUCAUGUUUUUAGCUGAAAUUUUGGGCUGUACCAUACAGUUUUGUAUGCAAGGCUUUUUUUUACUUACAUUAAGUUCCAAAGAAGGCAUGGGAUUACCAAUUUUACAUAUUAUGUUUAUGGUGGUUUAUGUAGCGCACAUUGGAACGCAUUUGUUUAUUUGCUGUUAUGUUGCCGAAAAAUUACAAGACGAGAGUGUGUCCAUUGCAAAAGCUGCUUAUGAGUGCCAAUGGUAUCAUCUGUCGCCGAAAGAUGUUAUGCUGUUGAUCAUGAUAAUUAAUCGAGCUAAAGAUCCUAUCGAAAUGACAGCAGGGAAAUUUUGCACGUUUUCCCUGAGCCUUUAUGCACAAAUUUUUAAAAAUUCUGGAGGUUACUUAUCAAUGUUGUUAGCUAUGAGGGACAAAAUUACGUAAAAAUAGAAUCUGUACACUAUUGAUGUGUAGAACCAAUGUA